AUGAAUCCUCCCUCCACGUUGAAUGAAUCCCGACCAUAUCGGUCCCACAAAAUUCCAGCCUGCGAUCGAUGUCGAAAGCGUAAGUUAAGAUGUGAAGCCGACUUAUCAAAUGGUCCAUGUCGUAUUUGUCGGGAGCAAGGUGCCGAUUGUGUUAGGUCGGAAGCCUCCAGAACGAAGAAACACACCACCCUAAACACAAAUAGCAUAGAAGUGCCUUCAGUGCGUUCAUUGAAACGUCCCAGAAUCCUUGAUCCAAGCCCUUCUACUUCGCUAAGACUUGAAAACCGUUUCCCAGGAGAUAGUACCGCGGAGAAAUCUGGUCUUCAAAGUCCCGACUAUAGUCGACAGGAAAGGCCAAGUGUCAACGACAAAUCUUCUAUGAUUAUCGGUCCCAUCAUUGCAGAGGAUGUCCAGUUACUGGAGCAAUAUAUGGAAUCUCAAGCUCGCCCUGACAGAUCUAACAGGGGACGCUUAUAUGACACUGUAUCGGACAAUCCAAAAGACCCAGUGAUUUAUCUCAGCGUUUCUCGACGAAGAGAAGGGCUCUCUUCAAGUGAGCGAGCAGGUGAAAAACAGAAGGAAAUUUUGGAACAAAUCCUAGGGCCAAAUGUCAGAGAAGUUGUUAAUCUUUACUUUCGCCAUAUUCAUCCUAGCUUUCCUAUCAUUGACGAGCAUAAUUUCAACCAAUUAUACUCCAAGGGCGAUAAAAGCUUAUCACCCGCACUUAUUUGUGAUAUAUUAGCUUCAUCUUUGGUAUACUGGAGGCAUUCCCCAAACCUCAAACGAUUUCCGGUUCCAGACCAGCGAUAUUGCUGGAAUCUGGCCGUAGAAUCACUUCAAGGAGAUUUUCUCGCACCAGGUCUCUCGACCCUUUAUGCAGCGCUCCUUGACUUGUCUGGGCGACCUGUUGUCUCGAUUACAGGCAAUACGCUUACUAGUGGAAGAUCUGUUGCUCUCGCUCAUAGUCUAGGGUUAAAUCGUGAUCCUAGCAGAUGGAGAAUAUCCGAUCAUGGAAAGAGUCUACGAACUCGUCUUUGGUGGGGUGUUUUAAUCCAUGAUCGCUGGUCGAGCUUCGCCCAUGGUGUACCUGCGCACAUCCGAAGAAAUGAAUAUGAUGUCCCGCUGCCUACACUCGAGGGACUUCUCACAGAAGGCAAUCACAAAACUUCACGCAUUCGCCCAGCAGAAUGCUUCAUCUUACUCUGCACGCUGACCGAAGUUCUUGGCGAUAUCCUUCCACUCCUGUAUGAUCGCCGAUGCAGACCAAUCACCGAAACCAACAAACUCUUGCGGCAACUCGAAACCAAUCUUGACGAAUGGGAAGAGUCUCUUCCACAAUGGGCGACAAAUGAAUCUAACGCCGAGCAAGUCUCGGGUCUCAGCAGCCUACGGCUCGGAUUUCUCUCGGUCAAAAUGCUACUUUGCCGUAUAGCCUUUCAUAGUACAACGCAUUCUCCCGAGCCAUGUCUAAAAGAAGUCAAAACAUACCACCAAGCAAUGCUACGCGAGUGCGCAAGAGCAAUAACAACCUUCCUCUCUUCUCUAACAGAACAGAAUCUCCACGAAUUCUGGAUGCCAUAUAGCGCAUACCACAUCUGUUCCGCAACCAUCAUCCUCCUUCGCUGCGCCAUCGAUACCACUGAUAUCGAAACCGCCGAGUCGUGCAAAUCUAGUCUAUUCCAAGUAAAGCAAUGGUUAGAUUGGGCACACACUUCUCAUCAUUGGGAUCUCGCUGAAAUAUGUCUCGCGCAAUGCGCAGAACCGAUUGAAAGAUUGAACGUGUCAUCGCGUGCAACGGCAACGAAUGUUCGAGAAAAUAGUACUGAACAGCCGGGCUUGGGAGUGGUAGGUGAAAGUAUAGGGGAUCCCACAAAUGUACCCUUUCUUGCGGAUACCGAGAGCUUGAUGAAUGGACUUGAGUAUCCAUUUGUUGACCUGUGGGAUAUGUUUGAGCAGGAAUAUUGA